GGCUUCAGGGGUAGGAGGCUGGCAGGUAAAUUAGCAAUAGAGGUUGAAUCUGGAAGCGACCUUAGGAGGGCACAUCCUCCGGCUACAGAUGGGUAAACUGAGGCCCAGAAAGGUAGCACGGGAUGCCUGAGGGCCCAGAGCUCCACUUGGCCAGCUGCUAUGUGAACACCAUGUGCAAGAACCUGGUGUUUGGGGGGCGGGUGGAAAAGUCCGAGGUGAGCCGGAACCCCGAGGUGCCCUUUGAGAGCAGCGCCUACCAGAUCAUGGCCACCUCUCGGGGCAAGGAGGUACGGCUGACGCUGAGCCCGCUGCCAGAGGCCCACCCCCCACAGGCACCCCUGGACAUCGUGUUCCGCUUUGGCAUGUCUGGCUCCUUUCAGAUGGUGCCUGCAGAUGCCCUGCCCAAGCAUGCCCACCUUCGCUUCUAUACGGUCUCUCCUCCACCCAGCCGAGCCCUCUGCUUUGUGGACAUCCGGCGCUUUGGCCACUGGGAGGUCCAGGGCACUUGGCAGCCUGGGCGAGGCCCCUGCGUGCUGCUGGAGUAUGAGAGGUUCAGGGAGAAUGUGCUCCAGAACUUGGCUGACAAGACCUUCGACAAGCCCAUUUGUGAAGCUCUCCUAGACCAGAAAUUCUUCAACGGCAUUGGCAACUAUCUUCGGGCAGAGAUUCUUCACCGGCUGAAAAUCCCUCCCUUUGAGAAGGCCCGAACUGUCCUGGAGGCCCUGAAGCAUCGGAAGCCGAGCCCAGAACUGACCUUGAGCAAGAAAGUCAAAGCGAAACUAGAGAACCCAGACUUACUGGAGCUGUGCCACUCAGUACCCAUGGAGGUGAUCCAACUAGGGGGUAAGGGUUAUGGAAUGGAGGAGGAUGAAGAUGACUUUUCAGCUUUCCGGGCCUGGUUACGCUGCUACUCUGUGUCCGGCAUGAACUGCCUCCGGGAUAGGCACGGCAGAACCAUUUGGUUCCAGGGAGACCCUGGACCUCUGGCCCCCAAAGGAGGGAAAUCCCUUAAGAAGCGUGUGAAGGAAAAAUCCAUCCCUGAUGUUACUGAUUUAGAGGACCCUACAUCUCUGCCAAAGAAGAGCCCCACCAGAGCAAGGAAACCAGGCAAGAAGUCACAGAAGAAGGGGUCUUUUGACCCAGGAGCCAAGAGAAAUGUGGAAUCAACUAAAUCCCAGCCCCAGUUGAAGACUUCUGCUCGAACACCCCCCGGGAAUGAUCCGGGAAUUCUGGAAGGAAAACAGCAGCUGGUGACCCAAGGACGAGCAGGCAGAACCAGGAGGAGGAAGGCUAGUUCCAAGCCCAGGCUCUCUUCAUCUUCCUCUCUACCUCUGGAGCACCAGGGGCAUGACACAAUUAGUCUGUCUCCUCCUUGAAGUCUUCUUUCAGCCCCAGGGUGGGGAAAGGCCCCCCUGGGUCCUCCUGUUCUUAGUCCUGCCCGAUGAUGGGGCCUCCCCAGGGUCAGGGCAGCCGGGAGACCCUGGCAAAAGCUAUGUGCUCCAGAUUUUAGAGGAUCCGAUGCUUCUCCUGUGAUAAACUGUCAGUUUUCUUGGGUCCAUGCACAGUCCUGCCCAAAAGGUUAAAUUGAUGUCUGAAAACGAUUGAUUUUCAGAGGUGAAAGCAGAGGAUUUGGUGUCAGGUGAGGCACCUAGAGCCCUGGAGCCUGUCUCAUAACAGUACCUCUGUCCCUACCCUCUCCUUCCCCACUUCCCUCUUAGGUAUCCUGGUCUCUUGUCCUCUGCUCCUUUGCCAGCAGGGCUGUGAAUCCAGGAUCCUUUUAGGGCCCUUGAACCAGCUUGGGAGAUGCUAUAUUUUUUAUAUUGUCAAUAAAAUCCAACCAAAAA